GCUGCCUGCAGUUACUAUGUUGUUAGUGCUCUCCCAGUGCCAGUAAGUUGCCAGCUGAGAGGUUAGUCCUCAGCAGUGUGUUUACAGUGGCCACAUAAGACAUGCAGAUCCCAUAUUAAGGUGGUGGAGGCUUCAGACAAGAGCUGAAGAACCCAGCAGAAGCCUGGCAUCCCUGGCAGAGGAGCUGCCACCAUGAGGGGCACGGAGGAGAGGCAGAGGAUGAUAGUGGAGGAGAUCCUGGCUAAUGAUGAAGAUGCUGACGUGGAGGAGCUGAAAAAGACAUUGAAAGCACAACGGCAGAAAAGGAAGAAAGCGCUGAUAGAGAAUGUCAGAGACGCAGAAGCCGUGGAAGAUGCUGGGUCUUCUACUACACAAGGACAGCGCAGUUUGCCUCCGUUAAACAUCUCCAGUACAAAGCCUAGCUUUGCGGAAUCUUCCAUGAGAGAACGGCUGCGAGAAAAACUGAAAGCUGGAAGGUCUAAAGCGGAGAGCAAACUCCAGCAAGAGUCACCAACCGUCUCACCACAAAGCCUUACUAGAUCCAGACUUCCAGAUGCCGGUCCAAGGUUUGGUGAAGAGCAGGGUGUCAUCCCUCUUCAGAAAGCAAAGGAUGUAGAAGCUCAACUAUCUUCAAAAGUAAGAUUCCGUGAUGCUGUGAAGACAAUCCAGAAAAAAUCUAAUGUCCCCGAUGGAUUUCCCACCGCAGAAGAAUCAUUCAACUUCUUUACUUUCAACUUUGAUCCUGAACUAGAAGCACAUACUGGGCAAGACCAAAAGAAAUCAGAAGACGCUCGCAGGACGGAGGACACUGGAGACUCUAGUUCAAAGGUUGAACAAGAGGAAGAGGGAGAGGAAGGAAUGGGAGAAGCGGAGUCCUUGGUUCCUGAUGAUGACCUGUUUCUCAUUGACCAGACGGCACGUGACUUCAUAGAGUUGGUGGCUGCAGAAUACGAAGGCUACCACAGCCAGCUACAAAAAGAGAGAGACGUUUUAUUCGCACCAAGCUUUCGACAAGUGCCACCGAGCCAGAAGAUCCCUGAAAACAUGCAGCCAAGGUAUCUAGAAGAUGAGGGGUUAUAUAUUGGCGAGAAGCCAAAAGUAUCACGGACCAACCAGAACCUUCUGGAGAACCGGAUAUUACAGCAGGAUGAGGGCAAGAAAUGGUUUGGGGAUGAUGGGAACAUUUUGGCUUUGCCUAAUCCUAUAAAAGCCUCUCCUACAAGACCUCCGAUAUUCUCUCUGCAUGAAGGGAUAGACCCAGCCUUGGAGACCAUAUACGUGAAGGCUGUCCCGUCUAAAAAAUCACAUAAGUACAUGGUGGAGUCUGGAGGACUUCAAGGAGAGUUUCAAUUGGAUAUUGAUAUUUCAGGGAUCGUGUUUACCCAUCACCCACUUUUUAGUAGAGAACAUGUGCUAGCAUCCAAAUUAUCCCAACGGUAUGAUCAGUAUCUGAGAAGGAAGCAGAAGGACCUUUCCAACCUUCUAUCAGACAAGUUACAUGCACUGAGGAAUGCUGUACAAAAUAUUUCCACUGGAGGUGCCGCCCAUGUCUCCAACACAAUGGCUGAACAAAGUAUCUCAGAAUAUAAACUUGAAAUUAGACAAACAAGAAAAUAUAGAGAUGCUGAACAAGAAAGAGACAGAAUUCUCCUCAAGUCCCUUAUUAAAGUUUGGAAAGAGAUAAAGUCCUUGCGCGAUUUUCAGAAGUUCACAAACACCCCAGUGAAGCUUUACUUGCGAAAGGAAGAAGUUAAUAGGAAAGUUGAUGAGGAAGCAUAUGAAGCUGAAAUUCAAGCCGAAAUAAAUGAGCUCAUGGAAGAAUAUACAGAGGAGUAUGAGAAGAAUGUGAAGCAAUACAAACAUGAUCUUCAGCAAUGGAAGGCGUGGAAAAGGGCACAGAAAAUGAAGAAUAAAAAGAAGACAGAGGGUGCAGAAGAUGAUGAUGCAGAUAGUAGACAUCUUGGAGAAGAACCCACCAAACCCUUUCCCCCUGUUCUGGUGGACAGACACGAGGUAGAACUACAGGUUCGUGAUAAGGCAGCUAACAUCAGGAGGAGACCUGGAGAGCCUACUUUGCAUCCUGAACUGAGCCUUUCUGGAACCGUCACUCCUAAUAACAUGUGCCCAAGGGUAGAAGUAAUGAGACGUGAAGAUCUACAGAAACACUCAUUGUUCAUUAAGAUCCUUUUCAACAACAAAGAGGUGUCCAGAACUGUGACAAACCAGUUAGGGUCAGACUUCAGGGUCCAUCUUGGACAAAUCUUCAAUUUACAGAUUUAUAAUUGGCCGGAAAGCAUAAAGCUACAGAUCUAUGAGACAGUAGGACAUGGCGGUGGCACCCUGCUGGCCGAGGUUUUUGUACCCAUUCCGGAAACUACUGUCUUAACUGGCAGAGCCCCAGUGGAGGAGGUUGAGUUCAGCAGUAACCUGAGGGUCAUGUAUGAUCAUGAAGGAGUUGGCAGUGAUGUUCCGUUUUCCUUUGAAGCUGAUGGAAGCAAUAAGGUGUCCUUAAUGACAUCUGGAAAAGUUGCAUACUGCGUAUCAUGGGCAGUGGGGGAGAAUGGGGUGCCACUGGUUCCCCCUCUUUCCCAGCAAAAUAUUCAGAGGGCCUUAAACAAUAUGGAUGCUGUGUCUUCAAUCGGGGCUUCUGGACUGACAGACAUGAAGAAAUUAGCCAAGUGGGCAGCAGAAUCCAAGCUUGAUCCCAAUGAUCCUAACAACGCAGCCCUUAUGCAACUCAUAAUGAUUGCAAACAGUGGGGAUGCGUAUGUUCCUGAGUUCUUCAGACUUGAGCAGCUGCAGAAGGAAUUUGACUUUGUGUCAGAAGAGGACCUCAGUAGAUCCAAACGACUGCGUCUUCUACAGCUCCGAAACCAGGAAGUGGCAGAAUUCCGCAACUACAAGAUGGUGCCCAUAAAGGAGCGAGAAAUUCCAGACAAGAUAUUCACGGACUAUGAGAAGAAAUUGCAGGACCAGGAUAUGAGCACUGCAGAAACACACUUAGAUACACAUAGGAUCAUGGUGGCCAAAUACCUCCACAAGGUUAGGGAAUCUGUGAUAAACCGGUUCCUCAUAGCGAAACAUCAUUAUAUUCUUUCGGACUUGGUUGUCGAAGAAGAGAUCCCUAGUCUUGGGAUCCUGGGAAUGGAUCUCUUCAAGUUAGCCGAGCCAAAACGUCCACUGAAGCCUAGGAGAAAAGAGCGGAAGAAGGUCACCGCCCAGAACUUGUCUGAUGGGGACAUUAAAGUCCUGGUGAACGUCAUCCGUGCUUAUGACAUACCAGUGAGAAAACCAACGACCAGUAAACCAGCGCUGCCGUCCAGGUCAGCAAGAUCAUUUAAUGAGAUGUUCACAGCGUCUGCUUCCCCUCAAGGACAGGCCCAGACACCAGAGUGGUCGGUUAACCAGGUACUGGUCCGGCCUUUUGUAGAGGUUUCCUUCCAGCGCACAGUGUGCCAGACUUCAACAGCUGAUGGUCCAAACCCAAACUGGAAUGAAGAACUGGAGCUGCCAUUCAGGGCUCCCAAUGGUGAUUACAGCACAGCCAGUUUACAGUCUGUAAAGGACGAUGUUUUCAUCAAUGUCUUUGAUGAAGUUUGCUUUGAUAUAUUAGAGGAUGAUCGCGAGAGAGGAAGUGCAAUCCACACCCGAGUGGAGAGACACUGGCUCGGAUCCAUCCGAAUUCCAUUUACUACAAUCUAUUUCCAGGCCAGGAUUGAUGGAACAUUUCGGAUUGAGACCCCACCAGUGCUCCUCGGAUACAGCAAGCAGCGCAGCCUGGGAAAUGAUGGUGGUUAUGAGUCAGUAAGAAGCCUGAGUCAGGGGUCCUUUCUGACACUUUUUAUCACGAUUGAACCUCAGCUUGUACCUGGAGCGCCCAUUAGAGAGAAGUUUGACAGUCGAGAAGAUGAGAAGUUGCUUCAGGCCGCAGAGAAGUUCCAAAGUGAAGCAGCAUUAAAGUUCCCCAGACGGCAAUGCCUGAGCACCAUCACGGAUAUUAACGGGACUACUGUAUUUGUGACACGAUACAUCAAGGCCUUGAAGCCUCCUCAGGAGCUUCUUGAUGCGGAUCCAAGUAACGUGCAAGCAACGAGUGAGCUGCUGGCUCGAUACGUGUCAUUAAUUCCCUUCCUGCCGGAUAAUGUAUCGUUUGCUGGGAUCUGUAAUUUAUGGAGUACAUCUGAUCAAUUCCUUGACCUUCUGGCUGGAGACGAGGAAGAACACGCUGUGCUACUGUGCAAUUAUUUCCUGGCCAUGGGAAAGAAAGCUUGGCUUGUAAUCGGAAUCGCCAUCCCUGAGGGCCCCACUACUUAUGUGCUGACAUUAGAGCAGAACCAGUACAUCAUAUGGAAUCCAAGCAGCGGUUGCUUUUAUGCUCAAUAUGACACUUUUUGUCCAUUGCAAAGUGUUGGCUGCUUGAUUAAUGCUGAUAAUAUUUGGUUUAAUAUUCAACAAUAUGACUCUCCUAUAAGUAUAAGCUUUGACACAAGCCGCCCAAAGCUGUGGAAGCCAUUCUUCUCAAGAAGUUACCCGAAUCCUGGACUCCCCAGUGUGCAGCCAGAUGAACUGAUUUAUCAGCGUACAGAUAAGACUGCGGCCAUGGAGCUUCAGGACAGGAUUGAAAAGCUGCUGAAAGAGAAGAUAAUGGAAUGGAGACCAAGACAUCCCACCCGCUGGAACCGAUACUGCACAUCUACUCUCAGGCAUUUCCUUCCUUUAUUGGAACAGAACCAAGGCAAAGAUGUGGAGGAAGAUCACCGGGCAGAGCUGCAGCGGCAGCUGGGCGAUUAUAGGUUUUCAGGGUUCCCAAUUAACAUGGCCUUCUCAGAUGUGAGACCUCUCAUAGAGGCCGUGUACAGCACUGGCGUUCACAACAAUGAAGUUCCCAAUGUGGAGUUUGCCCUGGCUGUGUAUGUUCACCCCUACCCUAAGAAUGUCUACUCAGUAUGGAUAUAUGUUGCGUCUCUUAUUCGAAACAGAUGACCCGAGGAUGAAAUGUUCCAGACAAUAACCACCACGAUGGGCCAAGAUCAUUGCCAAACCUGCCUGGGUGGUGUUCUCCUGCUUCUCAGGCAGGUCAUCCUUUGGCAGGCAUACUAGAACCUACGUCACCUGUGAUAAACCUCCUGUGAAAUUCUCCUGUGAUCCCUACUUGACAUCGGUUGUGUUUUGCGGUUGAGAAACCAACAGGCUUUCAGUAGAAAUGAGAAGGAGAAUAAUGAACAGGGCAGAAGCUGGUGUUCACUGGUAUUUACAGUAUAUACCUGGCUCAUUGACUAAAAGUGCUGUCACUUUGGAAUUUAAAGGGUUGUAUGAUCUAAUAAAAAAAAAAUAUGUCUGCUUUCCUUAAAAAACAGCAACAUGGUUCAUGCUUGGUAUUGACGCUUAGCCCCUAUUCAGGUGGCGCUACAAUACCAGACACAGUCCAUACUGCUAUUUCUGAGAGAAGGCAGCCAUGUUUUCCUUUAUCCCAUAUGGCCCCUUUAAUAGGGUUUUCCGGAAAAAAUAAACGUAUAAGAAGCACAUGAUUUUAAAAUGCACCUAGAGGACGAAAAAAAACAUAUUUUUCAUCAGAUCAUAACCCCCAAUCUUCAUCACCACCCAAUCAGAUUUGUCAUUCUUUUAGACACCCCAAUCAGACCCCCAAUCUUUAUAAGACCUCAGAUCAGACCCCCAAACUCCAUCAGGCCUCAGAUCAGACAUAAAAUGCCUCGAGUGGCGUGCCCUUCUGCACUCACCACUCCCUAGUCGUCUUCCGUCCCUGUGCUGCACCAAGACCCAGCGUCAAACAAAGCCAGGUCAUAGUUCAGGCCUACGUGUGCUACGUUCUGAUGCUUUAUGCAGUCAGGACACAGUGCAGCCUGACGUCCAAUAGAAGACCAGGGAGCGGUGAAUGCAGACAGCCCUACACUCGCCGCUCUCCAUAACUCCUGCAUACCUAUGGAAGCACUCAUUAUUAUUCUCUUUAUAAGAUGUACUGCCAUUCUUUCCCCACUUUUGGGGGGAAAAGUGUGUCUUAUGAAGCAAAAAAUCUAAAACCCGCAGCCUGUCUGUGAGAACAGAAAGUUCAUACUUACUUGCUCCCUGCCGCUUAGCUCUUCUGCGCUGCUUCCACUGUGUCCAUUUUCUGGUCUCUGCAGUGUUUGCAUCUGGUUCUGCCUGGUCACGUGCUCUGCUGCAGCCAAUAACUGGCUUCAGCGGUGAUGUGCCGCUUAUGGCCCUAUAACUGCUGAAGCCAGUUUGAGUUUUCUGUUUACAGAGGAAGGCUGCAGGCAUUAGAUACAAAGUAAUUAUUCCUUGAAAACCCCUUUAAGGUACAUUAACAAUGGGUAAUGGUGUAGCAGAAAGCUGCCCUAUUCCUGUACCAUCACAAAAUGUAGCCAAACUGGGCUAAUUUCUGCUCUGAAUGACGUUUUCCAUAGAAAUAGUUCUAGGAAAUUCUCCUUUCUGCAAAUGCAGUUUUUACUAGAUUGAGGAUUGGGCUAUCCCAACAAGCCAUAAGACAUACAGUGGGUUGAAUGAAAUGUAGGAUGACAUUAAAACCUUCCCGUUAUCAACCCCAUUGUAGGGGGGUUUAAAGGAUAACUGUCACACUUAGACCCUAAUUUCAAUUUUCAUAUAUAUAGUUACUAAUAACAUGAUAUUCCAGAAUCAGUUACUAUUAGACUGACUUUCCCCAUAUUUAAUAAGAUUCAGCCCUUAGCAACCAGUCUGCAUAAAACUGCAAUCUCACUAUUCCCACAGUGGGAAAUCGUAUCCCCAAUUCUGACAAAAGCCCCUCACCCAAUUUUGGCAGUUCUAUCUGCUCUGCACUAAUAAGGGGCAAUCGCCCCAAAACAGCUGUAUGCUGAUGAGUGACUGGCUUGGCUAUAACCCCGAACCAUGUCUCAGGACCUUUUUACAAUGUCAAACAUUGACUUGUAGGAUAGCCACCUUACAUCUGGUAUUGGCACAGCUUGUCCGUCUUUUUGUAUUGCAUGGCCUAAAAGACUUCUUACACCUAAUACGUGUUCCCCACAAGUAGAAAUAGUACCUUCAGAUCAUUUUUCCUGCAUACACCAAAUGUGGUGGAAAUAUAGCCUUAACUGAGCAUUUAUCGUAACCAAAAAAAGAAGAUGCCAAAGAAAAAUGGACCACACAUAGAGCCAUACGAUUGCUCCACAGGCAUGUUCAGCUACUAUAGGGCCCUGAAUAUAGAAGGUCCUGAGACAUAUUCUGUACCUAUGCAUAUCUAGACUUCUAAUCAGUGAUUUAUUUUAAUUGUCAGUUACAUUUCAUUUCUUUUUAUAUUGAUCUAUCGCAUGAACGGCUAAAUGCCCAGCAUAAGACGGUUUUAUUAUUUUCCCAGUUUUUAAUUUGGGAUUAGAUUGGUGAACUUCUUCAUUGAAGAGAUUUGAAAAACAUGGCUGCUUUCUUCCAAAAACAGGGCCGCAUCUAUCCACAGUUUGUGCACAGUCAGUAGAGAUGAGGUGAGAUGCAAUACCAGACACCUCCCAAUGGCAGGUGUGGCACUAUUCUUGUUAGAAAGUAGCCAUGUUUUUCUAAUUAUGCAGAAGCAUUUAAAGUCUCGUGCUCCCUGUUUGGAGAGAUGGUAUAGCAUGCGUAUUUCUGCUCCAUUCAAAGUAUAUGGGACUGCUACAUCGCUCAGUUUUCUCAGGUAGCCUCAGUAAUUUUGAAUGGAUCAGUAGUGUACAAGCUCAACUACAUUCAAACGGGACGCAGGACCCUUGUUCUGUUGAUUGGUGGGGGUCCUGCUGUGGAUAGGUGAUAAAUUGUUGCUCUGGGACAAUUCCUUUACUUGAAUUGACCACAGUCUGUCCAUUGUAGUGAGUGCUGUAGUUUGCACAUGCCUCUUGCCUAGUGAUCCACACUACUGAACCACAAGAAGUCUCGCCUCAAAUUAUCAGCCCUCAGUUUUCUAAAAUGCGGAAUCACAGAUAACGUUUAACCUGCUGCACUUGAAAAGUGACAGGUGACCUUCUUACAUACAUCUUCAUACUGAAUGCCAGAAAACUGAAGCCUAACCCCCAUCAUUCUUCCAUUUUGAUUUGAUGGUACACAGCUGGAAUGCUGUUAAAACUACCUUAAAGUAGAUCCUGUAACAAGUGCCCCUUUCUUAUUAGCAGGGCAUUAAAAGGAACCUGCCAGCAUGAAGUUCGCUGAUAAACCAGGCACCAGGGGUGGACUCGGAACUUAAAGGCUAUAUACAGCUUUGUGUGCAAUCAAUUUUUUAUUAUUGCAUUCUACUCACUUUGAGCUAAAAAUCAUUGUUUUAAUUGGUCUUUAUAAAAAAUAUGGAGCCCUUUUUCUGUACAGGGCUUAGAUGCUCUAGUAGCAGGAUCUGAAUUUUCUCUCUGGUCCUUAUCUCUGACCUCCUAAAGACUCGUUAUAGCUCAAUUCUCAUCUUACUGAUAAGAAUGUGGCUUAAACAAAGAGCCCUUUACCCAGGCAGAGAAUCCUAAAGAUAAUGACUAACAAGUUGUGUAAACACGAUCUGCUGCCUGCAUUAGCAAUUGCUACUCCCCAUACUGUGGAGGAGAUAACUGCAUAUAAAAACAGCAGUCUCCUCCACCAGUGAGCAGCAGAUUGUCGGGAAGGAAAGCUUCGUUCUCAACAACCUACUCAUCUAUCGUCCCAUGUAAAGGGACCUUAAGUGUUUAUGACCUCUUAGUAAAUUGGCAGAUGAGGGUUAUUAGCAGAAGGUGAAAUUAAAAAGUACUGUUCAUUCAGCUAGACAAACUGUUAACCGUUUGUGACUGAAUGGCUCAAUAUUUUUAAUAAAGACCAUUUGAAAAAAUUAUUAUAGCCCCAAAAAAAUGUAAUCAUAAAAAAAGAAAUUGCCUCCAAAGAUGUACAUAGCCUUUUAAAGUGGAAAAAAUAAAAUAAAAGUGGCCCCGUUAUGUAGUCAGGUCUAUGGCCAGUUUGCCCCUGCCAGGCACAGUGCCUUGUAGAUCUGGCUCAGCUGAAUGUAAUGAUCCAUUGCUUAAUUCUGGAUAAGAAAUACUUUUUUAUUCCAUAUGGAAAUGAGCAGCUAUGUGCACCGAGGGCGGACCCAAGACACUCUGAGCAGUCUUUCUGAUACAGAUUCUUUUACCAGAUCUUGCCUCUCCUUGAUUGCCAGGGCAAAGAGAGAAAAUUAUGCAAGAACCUUACCCUGUCAGUCAAGAAGGAGGGGGAGAGGCCUGCGAAAGAAGCAGGAGGAGCAAGAGUGGCUUGGACUCGCCCUUGGUGUACUUAAAGGGUUUCUACCACUUCGCUGCACAUAUUUAGCUGUCAGACA